AUGGAGGACAUUGUCACUCCUUCCUUCUUCAAGAGUGACAAGUUGGAGGGUUUGGAGACUCAGCAAAUAAUCUUUCCUGAUGUGUCAGGUGGAAUGGUUUUACUAGUCACACAUAACAUCCUUUCGGCUGUGUUUGUUUAUAGAGACAGGACACUGGAACAGGGACACAGAGACACAAAAUUGUGUUUGACAGAUGAGACAUGGACAGAGACAAUAAUCUUUCUGAGAGUGCCGGCCAGCCAUCUCUUUCGCCUCAGGUCUGUUUCGAAGCUGUGGUACUCUCUCAUUUCCGAUCCACACUUUGCUGAAUUGCAUUUUCACCACUCUCCCGCUUCCACCAAUGCACUCUUCUGCAUAAAAAACGGCAAUGUGGCUUACUUCGUUUAUUUAGACGCACUGGUAUUUAAUGACGGCAAUGAUGCAUCUCACGUAAAAGAGGUGUGUACCCCUUUCAAGACGAAACCACCUUCUCAUUUUGAGGUCCUGGGAUCCUGUAGAGGCUUUGUUCUCUUACAUCGUCACCCUCAAUGUUUAGUGGUAUGGAACCCACUGACUGGAUCCACCAGAAGAAUAUCUUACUCUGGGAUUGAUUCUCGUAUGUACAACGGCUUUAGGCUUCCCAAAAGUGCCCGUCUAUAUGGAUUUGGUUAUGAUGCAUCCCGGGAUGAUUACUUAGUUGUUGUAGCUUGGUGUGAGCGGCGAAGACAAGAUCACUUGGAUUGCUUGUCCUUGAGAACCAAUUCCUGGCAUCAUCUUGAUGCUGCACUCCCCAAACCCUUGCGUGUUUUUAAGGACACGUCUACUGGGUUGUUUUUGAAUGGUGCUAUUCAUUGGGUGCCUUGGCCUAUUAAAGAUCACAGGGAUGCUAUUCUUAUCUUUGAUAUGAAGUCAAGGACUUUUUCAACCAUGUCUGAGCCGGAACCGGCAUUCUCCUAUGAGUCCUAUCCAGGUAUCGUCCUACUAGGGGGAUGCCUAGCCUUGUAUUAUGACUGUCUAGAUAGCUGCAGCACUGACAUAUGGGUGAUGAAAGAAUAUAAAGUGCACUCAUCUUGGACUCGUGUAUUUACUAUUGUUAAACCAAUAUUAAAAAUAAAAAGUGUAGUCAAUUACCAAAGAUAA